AUGGACGAUAUCAGAAUGACCGGCAGACCGGCGACGGUGGCCGCGGUGCCUUCAAAGCGCAAAGUGAAGUGCGAUUUGGGAAGUGUCGACAACCCACGACCGCCACCAUGUGUGCGGUGUCGCCGAGAGAGCAAGAGAUGCGAGUUCUCUGCUACAAGACGCAAGCGCAAGAUCUCCGAGGAGUCUGACGACAAGGGCGGUGCCGGUGUCCUGCGCAGGGAUAAGCGCAUGAUGGUUGCCGACGGAUCUGUGUCUCCUAGCAUGGAUAACGAUAGCAUUUCGAGCCCUAUCCCCAAUGGCGUAACUUCGCAUCCACGAGGCAGUCUGCCGCCAUACGAAGGUGAUCCUCGACCCAAUGGCUCGGCUGCGCAGCGCAAAUGGUCCAAUGCCACCGCACCACCACACCGAAUCUGCAUCCCCCCUACCGGAAUCACCAUUCCCGCUCCGACUUCCAUCCCACCAGACCAGUACCACGCUCAUCGCGCGAGUUUCUCCGGCGGUGGACGACCAUCCUUACCCCCUCACGUUCUUGAGAGCGGCCAGCAUAUGAUGAACAAAACUGCUGCUGAGUUGCUUUCUCCCGCCAUCAGCAAUACUCACGAUGCUCUACAUCUUCUCUCAGAAGCAGCCGGCAGGACGGAAGAUCUAAAUCGCCAGCAGAUGGAAUAUCAGUAUAAUGGACGCCAUUCCUCAACGUCAACCUUCGCAUCUGUCUCACCUGGCCAGAACGGAACCCCAGGCAGAGGUAGCAGAUCUAACUCGACAACACAACAAGGUGCCGGAAUGAGCUGGUACAAUCAAAACAAGGGCGGUUCCCCCAGCGUUGACGUCCUCGUCGAGGGCACCGACGCUGGCUUGAGCCCUCCCAAGGCUUCUCAGGAUAUGGACUACACCAAGGCUCGCAGAGCUUGGUCCAGACUACGAUUCAUCCGCGCCGGCUGGUUUAGUGUUGAUGAAGCAAUGUCUUAUAUUGAAUACUAUUACGAGCAUCUUGCGCCAUUGACUCCCAUCGUCUUGAAAAAUUAUAGCUCACCCUCGACACAUCUUACUCUUCUGACGGAAGAGCCGGUAUUGACCGUGACAAUGCUUACUAUCGCUUCUCGCCAUAUGAAACUCUCUGGAAACGGAGCCAAUUCCCGGGCAUACUCUAUCCAUGAAAAGCUGUGGUCAUACCUACGCGGUAUGAUCGAACGGCUAUUCUGGGGACAAGAGAAGUUUGGCGAUUACGGCGGUGUCUCAGUACCAAGGCAGUUUGACGUGGCUAAUCCACUAUCCACCGGACAGGCACAAAGAAGUGGUGGCCAAUUAAGAUCCAUCGGAACUGUCGAGGCGUUGCUCCUUCUCACGGACUGGCAUCCACGAGCUCUUCAUUUCCCUCCCGGCGACGAUGAGAACACCCUGCUUGAUGUUGAUCCACAGCAACUCAACUAUUUUGAUGGAGACGGCGACGACCAUUUCCCAGACCACCACCCUGGUAAAGGCCAAGGCGGUCCUGGUGAAGGUCGUCUCGCCUUCUAUAAAUGGCUUGAACCCGUUUGGCGCUCCGACCGCAUGUCCUGGAUGCUCCUAAGUACUGCCCAGGCCCUUGCCUUUGAGCUGGGUAUCUUUGACCAGAAAAACGAUCUGCGAGCCUCCACUGAAACAUCAUGCGAAAUGGCUCGGAAGCGCCGUUUACGGCGACUGAUUCUUGUCUAUGUUUCUCAAAGCAGUGGUAGAUUGGGAAUUCCUUCCAUGCUCCCUCUACCGCAAUGGAACCAGAAUACCGAGCCUCCCCGUGCUGAAGACAUGCACUCGCCGAAUUUCCACGAGGAUUACAUGAUUGAUCUGAUGCAAGACUGCUGGAUGGAUAUCUCUAAGAUCAUGUACAACAGCAACCAAGUUCUCUUCCUGUCAAAGGAACUCACCACAAACCUUAUUAAGAGUGGCCAAUAUCGCGAUCGGAUUGAUGAAUUUACCCCUUCUCUGAGAGAGUUUAAAGCGAAACUUGACAAGCUUUCAGUCACACCUCAAAUGCGAAAUGUUUUAACGAUUGAAUACGAAUAUACCCGACUAUAUGUCAAUUGCUUAGCCUUACAAGCCGUCGUUGAACGAUGGACUACUAUGAAUGAGGCUGGUUCAAACGCAAACCAGAACCAUGCCAACGGAACGACCAACGGAACCGCCAAUGGAGCAACAUCUGGCGCUGGAACUGUUCCGCUCCAGGUAUUACUGGAGCAGUAUGAAGUUAACGAACCUUAUAUCCAAGAAGUUGUCGAUGCUUCUCGAAGGAUUUUGCAGAUCGUACUGGAAGGAUUCGUUCCGGGGGAUAUUCUAAAGCAUGCACCUGUCAGAACAUAUUUUAGAAUUCUCUCCGGGAUGAUCUUCAUCCUCAAGACGUUUACAUUGGGUGCUAAAGAGGACGAUGUGAGAGUAUCUUUGGAGCUCCAGGAUCGGACCAUCGAAUGUCUUCGGACCUGUGUCGUGGACGACGUCCACCUCAGCGUCACAAUAGCCGAUCUGCUUCAGUUGCUCACAUCAAAUAUCCGAAAUCGAUUCCUGCGCUUUGCCCCCUUCGACCGUGUAGGCGAGUCGGGCAGCAGGCAUCAAUCCCCCGCCCCCGCAUCAGAACAAGACUCCCGAGAACAACAGCAGCAACAGCAACAUCCGUCCAAUGAGCACAAUGACUACCGUUGGCAACAAAACCAUAACAAUGGAACCCCAAGCACAAACGGUUUCUCAUUCGACAACAACCAUCCCACCUCCGCACCACCAACAACCCAUCACGACCCGCUCGCCAAUAUCCCUGUCCAACCAAUCAAUUCCUCCAACAUUAACGUUUCUUUCAUGCCCCCUCCCCCUUCCGUGUAUUACAAUUACUACGACCCUAGCUCGACCUCUCCUAAAAUGGAAAUGGACGAAUCCUCUACCACUGUCGCGCCUCCAGCUAUCAACACUAGCGCUCCGAGUGGCAACAAUACCACGCAGGCAAAUUCAAACAGCAUGUCAGAUUGGUUUGCUCUCCCACUUGAUCAAUUUUUCAACAGCUCAACUGCAGGUGUUGACCAAGGUCUUGGAGGCACCGGCCCAAUGGUCGGUGAAUUCGAUAUGUUAGAGGUUCUGCUCAAAGAGCAGUAUACGAGCGAGAACAAUGCAAAUGGUGCCGGUGCUAACGGCGCGGCUCCAGUAGCUGCUACAAACGGUGCUGGAAUAUCAUCUCAUUUCCUAUAA